CAUUACCAAAUAUUAGAUGAUCGAUUUUAAGCCAAUUUAAUGUAAAAGUAUUAAGAUUCUUCUACUUUACGAGAUGCAGCAAAGCGAAGUGGACAAUUUGAACCGAAACGUUGUAGCGGCGAGAAGAAUGAAAACAAACACAUCACCGCCAAGCUGAGGGAACUCCAAACUUGACCCAGUGACGAAAAACUAAUGCACGGUGGAAGGAGACGAGAUCCUAAGGCUGGACAUUGAUGUAGAAAGUGAAGAUGUCAUCUGGGGAGGGUCCGCCAGCCCAUCUGGUGCGGGUGCUGGAGUGCAAGCAGGGAGCAGUGAGGGCUGUCAGGUUCAAUGUGGAUGGUGGCUACUGUCUGACCUGUGGUUCAGAUAAAUCAGUCAAGCUGUGGAACCCCCACAAGGGAACCCUCUUACACUCCUAUGCUGGCCAUGGAUAUGAGGUCCUGGAUGCCAGGGGCUCCUGUGACAACUCACUCAUUGGGUCCUGUGGUCUGGAUAAAUCAGUGAUGAUGUGGAAUGUGAGCACUGGAGAGUCACUGCGCAAGUUUCGAGGUCAUGCAGCAAGGGUGAAUUGUGUUUGUUUCAAUGAGGAGUCCACAGUCAUACUCUCUGGCUCCAUGGAUGGCAAGGUCAAGGUCUGGGACUUGCGCAGCCGCAGGAACGACCCCAUUCAGGACUUGGAUGAAGCCAAGGACUCAGUGAUGACAGUGAGCAUUUCAUCCCACCUAAUCCUGACAGCGUCUCUGGAUGGCUACACCAGAGUGUAUGACCUUCGCAAUGGUCAGCUUACCUCAAACUGCAUUGGUGAGAGUGUGACAUGUGCCUCCCUCAGCGGGGACAGCCAGUGCAUUCUGAGCUCCACCCUCGGCUCCUCACUGAGACUCAUGGACAGGGAGACGGGGGAGCUCCUUGCCCAGUACUCAGGACACAACAGCAAAGAUUAUAAGGUGGAGAGUUGCUUCACAUCGUCUGACACCCACGUGAUGUCAGGCUCUGAGGACGGCUAUGUCUACUGCUGGGACCUUGUACAGUCUACUCUCACCAAUAAACUAGAGCAUCGAGGCAGUACAGUGGUGCACUCCCUGAGCCCACACCCCUCCCAGCCCCUGCUGCUCACUGCCUCCCUGGGCCAGGUGUGGCUGUGGUCAGCACACCCUCAGACCUGAACACUACAGAUGUGCAUGUGUGCAUUUGUACUGUGUGGUGAGGUGAGGACAAUUUUAUGCCAUGAUUUUCUUCAUCAGUUCCAUCAUUAGUUCCAAUGCAUCAGGUUGAAAUCCAUACAAAUCAGGGUAGCUGGGUGAAAAUAAACAAAAGAGUUCCCAGUUCUCAUGCUCUAUCCCUUUUUUGAUAUGCAACCAACUAUGCAUGACCUACCCUUCUGUCCCCCAUCACCCAACUGUCACUAUGACUCUUACUUGAAGCAAAGCUCUCAGCUACAGCAGCUUGCCUUUAUAGCCAGACAAGUAAAUAAUUCGGCAACUUUUUUCACAAGACCUUCAGCUUUAUUGGCAGUGAAGCUCUACUCUAAGCAACAUGGUGGAAUGAUAGGGGAUGGCUGAAAAUAAUGCUAUACAACCCAUUUUAAAUUAUUCUGAAACAUCACUUGCACAUUCCUCCACACAGUGCCUCAUGCAGUAUCAGGAUACUGAUAUGGAACCAGAGGCAAUAGUAUGGUUUUUAUAGAAUUAGAAUUUGGCAUUCAUUAAUAUGCCACAUUUAUAUAGUGAUUAGUCUCUGAACUCAAGACUGUCAUGAAGGUAGGAAACUGAAAAACCUUUCCACGUUAAUAAAUAAUGAAAGACAAGUAUGUUAUUCAUGUUUAUUUGUGCAAAGUGAGAGUACCAUACAAUAACAAACCUUCCCUAGAUAACACACAAUUGGGAGUGAUGUAGGAAGCAGGUAAAAAAAAAGUGUAGUCUGUAACUAAUGUGCAAAAAGUGUACUCUAGAAAUGUUUAAACAUUAAUGUAAAACUAAAAAUUACUUUAUGACAGAAGAGUAUUGACAUGAACACAGUAAACAAUCACUGAUAUCUUUUUUUUUCCCUUUUCUUUCUUUUUUUUUUUUUUUUCAAAGGGGAGUUGAACAAUGUUUAAUGUUUCCUUUUGUUGUCACAUUUCACCUGCUGAUAUUAAAUAUUUCAUGGCGCAAAGAAUACACUGAUUUUUUUUAGGUUACAUUACACAGUAUAUAAUGCACACAGUCCCCAAGUCAACUUCAGAAAACACUUCUAAAAAACACUUUGGAACCUUUCUUCAGCAAUGUGAGACCACUGGACAGCCAAUUAGUGUCACUCAGGGAGCACAGCAGCUCCUGUCAUACAUGUUGAAUUAGCUUAUACUUUGAAGUCACUGCUCACCUGCAUCAGAUAACACAGUGAGAGUUAGAAUAGCUCUGCAAAGUUAACCUUGUCUCAUGUUCAUAACAUGCCCUGGAAUAAGCAGAACAAUUCUAGUCUUCCUUCAUAAGGGGUCUGUCCAGGUGAACCAUUGCAAAGACACAGGCAAAUCUAAUUGUCAUUAUCAGACCUCAAGUGCAGGUUCCAAAAAAACAAAACCUAUACUUUGGAAACACCUCACACAAUAUACUUCAAGGAAUUCCUAACAACCCAAACAGUAUCAACCUUACAAUGCUCCCAAUGCUACAAGACAGAUUCCUGUCACACAGGUUUAUUUUGAUGUGAGAGGGGAGGAAAAGGUAAUGUGCUGGGAGGGUGAUGCAAGCCUUUGUAAGGUCUUCAGCAGUGUCGGCAUUUCAGUGAAUGAUGAAGACGAGAGGCCCUGCUGGAAGGCUUAUGUCUUCUUGCUGGCUGUUGAUUAUGGACUGUUUUCUAAUGGGUAGUAUAAUUAUUCUUAUUCUUUAACACAGGAGGCUGUAUAAAUCUUGAUAUAUUUUGACCAACACUGGUCACCAGUUUAGUUAUGUCUAGGGUAGGUAGACUAGAGGUAUGCAUUUGCAUAUUAUGUUAUGCAUAUAAAUAUAGAUUAGAUCUUGCUGAUUAAUAUUACAAAGUAAUCUUGUUGAUUAAUAUUACAAAGUAGAAUAAGUAUCAGUACAAAGAAAAAUAUAUAAAGUAUUGGGAUUGUAACAAUGUAACUGUAAUAAAUACACAAGUAAUAUUUUUAAAGUCAUUUGGUGACUAAACACCGGGUGGCAGUGUGGCACCUUGGGAAGGCUGCUUGGCAGGUCCAGUGCAUAAUGCCAUUGUAAUUAUUCACUGGAAAGACAGAUAAGUACUUGGGACAGUUCUUUUGAACUGUCACCAAAGCUGUUCUGAAAUCUGUUUCUGAAAUCUUAGUAAAGCUUUGGAAUUAAUGGUAUUUGAAGCAUUCUUAACAUUGUACACAUGUGGAUGAGAGAACCUGCAAUAUCACAACCUUGCCAGUGUUGGGAAGUGCCACUGCCACAGUGGAUCCUGAGCCACAUGACACAGGCAGCAGCACUCCAGCCUUGCAGGAAGUUUUUUUUUUAUUCAUUUUGUGUUCCAUGUAUUUAGUAAACCUUGGGGGAGACAGAAGUAAGUUAGGAGUAACAAAAAUGUGUGGUAUUCUUGUGAUAGUCAGGUGUCGAUGUAUCUGGAGAGUGUGAGAGACGUAUGUGGAACGAAGGUCACUUAGGGUUGAGGGUGAAUCUGGAGCCAAGUGAGCGCAGGUGUUAGUUGGCUGUCGGAGGGGAGGGAGGAGCACCAUCAUCCUG